AUGGCCACUGAAAAGCUGGUUUCAACUGUCUACGUCCAGAACUUAGAAGAGAGAGUCAAGAUUACCCCAAUAACGGAAGCACUGAAGGUUCUUUUCUCCGAGUUUGGUCUGGUUGUCGACAUUAUUGCCAAGCGGAAUCUUCGAGCCAAAGGUCAAGCCUUCGUUGUAUUUGCCAAUCCCGACGAUGCGGCGACGGCCAUUGAAGAUGCACAAAGUUUCGAGCUAUUUGGAAAACCUAUGAGGCUAUCGAUAGCUCGGACACCGAGCGACAAGACUAUAGAAUCGAAGAGCACUGCCGAAGAAUUUGAAGCGCACAAGCGGCGUCGUCAUGCAGAGAAAGGCAAGCACAAACGCAAGGCAUUUGAGGCCUCUGAGAGUCAGAGAUUCCCAAAGAGAUGCGCUUUGGGGACACUGGAGACCCGCCCGUCGAAAGUUGCAAAGCCGUCUGGGCUCAAGUCGACGGCUACGACCGCAAAUAUCGUUCCUGACGAGUACUUGCCACCAAACAAGACAUUGUUCCUGCAGAAUAUUCCAGAUGAGUAUGAUGCCGAGGCAUUGACGACUAUAUUUGGCCGAUUUGAGAGACUUCGCGAGAUCAGACCAGUCCCAGGUCGGCGCGGUAUUGCCUUUGUAGAGUACGAAACAGAACAGGGCGCGAUUACAGCGAAAGAAAACACCGCUGGAAUGAUGCUAGGGGAUAAUCCUAUUAAAGUAACGUAUCAACGACAAUAG